AUGGCGCCGAUUCUGAAUCUUACGCAGUUCCACCCGGGCUCCCUGCCCAGCUUUGCGCUGCGCCUCCGCUCGGAGGACUCGCUCGACAGCGUGCACGACCGCGUGAGCCAAAAGAUUGAGACCGACGAGCCCCUGACGCUCAAGUAUCUCUACCAGAAGCAGGUCUACAAGCUCGACGACGACGACGACUUUGACAUCUUUGUCGAGCGCUUCGGCGACGCUACCGAGGUCGACCUCUACGUGGAGUCGCCUUCGAUCUCCUCGCACGGCGCGCCCCAGGCGGCCCCCGCGUACUCGGGUGCUGCCCCGAGCGGCCCCAACGUGCCUGUCCUCGACGAGUCGACGCUUGUCACCCGCACCCCCGCGCGUGGCAAGAGCGGCGCGAUCAGCAUCCACCGUGUCUCGACCAACAACGUGCCGAGCGUGGACGAAUACGCGCUCGCGGGCGGUGUGAGCGGCGGCGGUCGCGACAGCAUUCUGUACCCCCCGCCGAAGGAGGCGCAGGUGCCGAGCUACCUGAAGCCCAUUCCCCCGUCGUCGAUCGCGCCGACGAACGACGCGGCGAGCGUCAAGUCGCGCAAGACGGUGCAAACGCAAAACUCCAACUCGCUUUCGCACAAGAUUGCCUUUGAGGAGUUCCACUCGCAGCGCGGUGUGCGCCUGCUCCGCGGCAGCCUCGGCCCGGUGAACAACGUUCCGAUGAUGCUCAAGUCGGGCUACCGCCACGUGUACGUUUCGCGCAGCUUUGCGCUCGACCACGGCUUCAUCCCGAUGGACACGACCCCGGGAACGUACGGCUACAACGGUAUCACGAACCUCGGCAAGUGGCCGGUCCAGGUCGGCUCCAAGGCUGUGCCUUGCACCGUGAUGCUCGCGGAGGACAGCUACUUCCCGGUGAUCCUCGGCCGCUCGUUUAUGGAGAAGCGCGGUGUGCGCACUGACCCGAUCGACAUGACCUCGGUCAUCUUUAUGGACAACGGCGAGAGGGCCGACGUCGAGGUCGUCGUCGUGCGUGACGAGAUCGGCCAGCCUGUGUCGAUCCCGUAA